CCAGCUGCUGCUCCCUCACACGCACACUGCCAGUGAGCGAGCGAGCUAGUCUUUCUUCUGAAACCAUGUGCGAGUCCGCCUCCCUGCUGGCGGCAGCCGGAAACCAAGACGGCCACCACCACCAAGGGGAAAUCAAGGCAGCGGAGAUGGACACGAGUGGCCUGCUGGAUCACUCCCCGGCCACCCUCGGCUCGACCCCUCUUCCCUCGCCGUCUCCGGCGCCGCUCGUGUUCUACGAAGACGAUUACCGAUACUACUACGACGACGACAGUUGUCUCCAGGACCAGGACCAGGAGGGCGAUGACGACGCCUACCAACUGCUCGAGGAGGAGGAGGAGGACGUCGCCGCCACUGGCUCGCUCGCUGCCAGGCUACGUGAGCUCGUCCGCCAGAAGCUAGCCGAGGUGAACGCCUCCAGCGCGGUCGUCGCGGGGCUCGGCCUCGUCGGGAGCGCCGUCGGCGCCUACUUCCUCUGGCCCGCGGCGGCGGCUGCUGCCACCGCUGCCACCAUGGCAGCGCCUGGUGCCGCCGGCUUCUUCAUCUCCCGUGUGGCGUUUGAAGCCAACUCAAAGCUUUACUUCAAGAUCCUCCACACUGCCGGAGCGGCAGCGGCUGCCGCCGCUUUUGGUCUGUAGCUGCACGGGAGGGCUGGCCACGUACCUACUCUGCUUAAUUUCGUGAUUUCGUCCCACGCAGGCCGUUUGUGUGCUGGCCGUUUGCGUUCGUAUAUCGCUGUUCGCGUGUGGUGGCCUGGUGGAACUCUGGUAGUCUAUCUAGUACAGUACUCCAUAUCUACUUUUUCAGUGUGUGUAAGCUUGGAGCCAUGCCCUGUGCGAUAAGCUAAGGGUGUGUUUGAUUUGGAAAUGAAGUAUAACGAUUCCAGCAA